AAUUAUUUGUCACACUUCCUUUUCAUCAUAUGUCCAACAUGCAAUAAUCAUUUGUUUCUUACAGGUUAAUCAAAGAAUUUUCUAGAUGACAACAUGUUCAUUAUAUUUUAAUCUUUCUCAAUCUCUCAAGAGAAGAACUGCGAAUUUUGGUUGUAAGUUUCUGUCGUCUUUCCAUGAUUUUGGUGAUGAUAAAGCGAGUGAAGUUUUGUUUAACGCAGAAACAUUAAGAAGUUAGAAUAAACGAAAAUAAGGUGAAGGUGUUGGUAAAGAUGGCAAAAUAUUCGUUAAACGACAGUGUUUUCAACAACUUAUCUUCUCUAAAUAAAACUCAAAAUGUCACCUCUAAUAUUUAUCCAUUCCUGUUUCCAUAUUCCGUUGAAGUUUUAUUAUAUGUUGUGCAAUGUAUUCUUGUCGUCUUUGGGCUCUUUGGAAAUUUUCUUGUCAUCUUAUCUGUUUGCUGUAAUUCAAGAAUAAAAAGGUCUACCUCAAAUUUGUUCAUACUAAACUUGGCUGUUGCUGAUAUUGGUGUCUUGAUUUUGUCACAUUCGUUUAUUCUGGGACUUGAGAUCAAUAACUUUGCGUGGCCUUUUGGUAAGGUUUCUUGUGAAUAUAUAUACCCGUUUUCCGACUCGUUUUUUGGUGUAUCUAUAUGGACAAUAUUGGCGAUAUCGUAUUAUAGAUAUCGAGGAAUUGUUCAUAUUAUGAAAACUCAACUGUCCCAUAAACAGACGCGCUACGUCCUUGUCAUUUUAUGGGUUUUACCUGUCAUCGUUAUAUCCUUGCCACUUUGGUUGUAUAUGAAAUUGACACUUUCCCCUAAACUGCAAAUUUGCGAUGUUUUGUGGCCAAACAAGGAGAGCCAAAUGGCUUAUAAAAUCAUUUUAAAUCUGUUCUUCUAUCUAUUACCUUUAAUGUUGAUAAUCUUUUAUUAUCUGCGGAUUCGCGUUUCAUUGAAAGAAAGUUCAGGAUUUCAUCGUGAAAUGACAACUUCAGUGUCGACGACAGCAUCGUGUCGAGAUCAAAAGAAACACCUUCAACGAAAUGCUAAAGCACUUCGAGUUCUCACUCCAGUUGUAAUCGUCUUUUUCAUCACAAUGUUACCGUUUACUGCUUUUCGUUUGGCACUUGUAUUUGCAGAUAUGGCUAGUUUUCGUUAUACUCGUGUAUUAUUUUUCCUUGGCAUUGUAAGUGUUCUGGCCAACUCUUCAGUGAAUCCACUUAUUUACAGCAUCGUUUCUGCUGACUUCCGUCGUUCCUUUAUUCACUAUCUUGGUUUUAAAAAGGGACAUUUACAAAAAAAAUCGACUUUCCUUGGGUCUGUUCGUUUAUCUCGUGCGAAAAGCGAACGCGUUACAAUAUUGCAAAGUUAAACUUCAUAUAUUGAAUGGAAAAGAUAGCGCUUAUUAUCUUUUUGAUUGUACAUGUCACUGUACUUAAAAAUAUUAAACAAACAAGCUUUUCUAUAAA